AUGGCUUCCUCCCGCCGAGGACAACCGUCCCUUUCCGUCCGCAUGCCUUCGAACCAGCCUCUCGAUCGUCCUCCCAUCGAUGCUCUCUUCCUCAUCCACUUCGACGUCAAGGCCGGAUAUACAAUUCUUUGGAAACAAAAUGCUCCCGGUAUCGACCUCGAAGGUCUUGUCGAAUACAAAUCUCUUCCUUCCGGGUUGCACACAGUCUCCGAAGAUCUCAUCUACUUCGUUCACGACAGCGCCCAUGCCGGACUCAGCGCCUUUGUUAACAUGCCCUGCGAUGAGGAGGAGGCGCGGAACGCGAGAAUGUUUGCCGUCGGAGUUCUAGUCCCCCUGAGUUAUGGUCGUUUGGGGCGCGCUUGGAGGCAUGCUGAAGGACUCAAGGAGAUGGCUGCGAAACUGGCUGAGGAUCGCAAAAACACUAGCAUACUCGAGGAAUAUUGGGUUGCUAAUCGCGAAAAGUCUGGAAAUGGCAAUCGUCGACUCUCAGGAGAGACCCCCGUGAGCUCUCCGUCUCUCAACUCAUCACCUUUCCCCCGCAAAGCCCACAGCCGCAACCGAUCAGCUUCCGACGGCGCCUCUCUAAUACCGCCCGGUAACAAACUCUCACCAUAUCACCCUGCCUGGAGUUUGACUAGCCUUCUGGACAAGUUUGGUCCGCUCAUCUUUCCCAUACACCGCGCUGCUCUACUGCGGAAGCGUAUUCUAAUAUCGUGCCAUGCACCAGUCCAUGAAGUUUGUGAUUUUGUAUAUAACCUCUCUGUUCUUUCCAAUAUUCCCCUAUCUGUCACCGAUAUACUUCCAGCAUCAGCUUCAACGCAGCGUCUAAGACCGCUUUUCUCCAUUGGUGUUCAUGAUAUACCUUUCCUCAUGGAUGACUUUGAGGCGUCCAAGAGACCUCGCAAUGACGAAGACGCGAUAGAUGACGAAUCAGGCUCUGGUUGGAUUGCGUGCACCACUGACAGCAUUCUCGCUAUGAAGGACACACUCUGGGAUAUGCUCGUCACUUUGCCUCCCGACUACUCCUCUAAUGCCACAGAGCGAGUCUGGCCUGUGGUCGAAUGCCCUCGCGGACAGCCUAUCAAAGCGACCCAGCGAGAUCUUCGUCGUUUUACCACUCUAAAGAACGGUCUUGCCCGUAUUGCAGCUGCUAGCCAGAUCCCUAGUGCUGUCCCAGAGUCUCCCGAAGAGGAGCGCUCUGCGCGUAGAUUUUCCACCCAGUCAAGUCAUAUUGUCCGUGACCCACGAGACGACGCAGUGGAAAAGGUCGUCGAACCCCUGACAUGGGCAGCUUUUGCUUACAACGGUUACAUGUGGUGGGCCAGCGCUGGCGAACAAUUGCGUCAGGAACAGCAAGAGGAGGCAGCUCACGAUGCCUCUCUGCUCGCCGAUUUUGGACCCUCUAUGACUAUGCCACGACCAGGUUCUCGAUCGGGACAAUUAUCAGACUCACUUGGGUCUCUCAACGCCGCCAAUCGUGCCCCUGAUGGUUCUGGUGAAGCCAGAUUUGAGCUUGCUAUCAUCGCUUAUUUCCACCGUCUCACCACACAAAUACUAUCAGUGUUGGCUGACUUAGCUGACAGCCAAGAUGAGCCAUAUACUGACCAUGACGAUGAUGACGAGGGUCUGUCACAAGCUUCGGGCGAAAGAGCACCACUUCGCCCAUCAGACUCUGACCCCGAACCCGACGAUGCCGAUGCUAUCCGCGUAGAUAGCCACGCCGUGGAAAGCAUGGGCCUCGACGUCUGGAGCGAUACCGAUGCUUUGUUCAUCCGUGAAUUGUCAAUCCUGUACUUUGGUCGUCCCGCUCGUAUUGAGGGCAAGGGUGUCGAAGUCUGUGGUGUAAGAGUAUGCUGA